CAAACUAUUGACAGUAUGCUUCCUCUUAGUUAUUUCUUUUUAUUUGCUAUAAUUGUUCAAUUUUGUGCAAUAGUUAUUUUGUAAAUAACCAACCCAAUAACAAGUUAAGCCAUGCUUCACAAUUGUUAUUACACUGAUCUCUUCGGACUGGCUACCUCCAUCGUUAUCGAUGAAAUUUCAUCUUAAUGAUUACAAAUUACCUAUUUUCUUCAGCGUUUCAAAUUUCAUUUGUUUACCGUAAUAUCCUUGUAGGUACCUGACCAUUUAUCAUAGUCGAAUGUGGGCGAGCACGUCGACUUUACUAGGUUAUCAACGCUAUCAAUUUAACAUUGUGCUACCGGUAAAACGGGCAAAUUACAAAAGCAAAUCACAUCUUAAGCUUCUUUAUUUUAUUUAUAUCCAUUACAUAAGAUUUAUUCAUAUGUUCGUGUCCAGUGCCAUGGAUCCGGACUACGAACUGUCCGAUUCUGUACGUGAAGAAGCGAAUAAACGACGAGAAAAAGAAAAGUGCGAACAGAUUGAGAAAGCUAGAGCUAAAAUUCAUGAAGAUUUUCAAAAGGAGUUCGAGCAACGCGAAGAGCAAAUCAUUGAGAUCCAAAACCGAAUCACAUGCCUUGCAAAAACGCUUCAUGUGCUCAGAUACGUCCUGGUCUCCAAUUAUUAUAACAAACAGGAAACUCAGCAGCAUUUAUCUGAGGAAGAACUGAAGCUUGUAGACAAUCAACCAAGGCUGCAUCCGGCCGUGAAACGUCUUACUAGUGAGUCUGAACUUUCAAACCUAGACUUUUCUAAGAGGAAGACUAGAAGAACCCAGAAAUUUAAUCAGGUGAUGUCAAUUGAUAUGGAAGAGAAGCUGGAAAGUAAUGAAGAUAAAAAGGAACCAUUAGCACCAAUUAUUAAUUCUAAUUUAAAUGCAAAACAAAUGGAUGAGAAUGUAUCUGUUCCCCGCAAUAGACAAAUGACAAAGAGAAGAAUAAUUGUGGGAAAUAUCUCAAAAUGGAUACCAUCAGAUAAUACUGAAGACAAUUCCACUCAUAAGUGGAUGGUUUACAUUAGAGGACCUCCAGAAAGACCCAGAAUUGAUGAUUUUAUCAAGAAAAUUGUUUUUCAUCUUCAUCCUUCAUAUCAACCACAUGAUGUAAUUGAUAUUGCUGAACAUCCAUUCCAUCUAACAAGACGCGGUUGGGGUGAGUUUCCAAUGCGAUGUCAGCUGGUGUUUAAAAAUCAACUGAAUAAACCUGUUGAUGUUAUCCAUCAUCUAAAAUUAGACAAAACCUACAGCGGUCGUCAAACCCUAGGUAACGAGUCCAUUGUAGAACUUACUCUUUACGAUGAAAAUGCUCCACUCGUCGAUCACCAAACAACAAAUACAGAGUCAAAAAUUACUCAGGAUUCACCACAAACAUGUAUACCUAAAAGAGAAACUUCAAAGAUCACAAAACAACUUCUCGUGGACGACUUUAGUCAUUCUGUUACGAUCAAAAAUGAAAUAUUAGAUCCUAGUUACAUGGAUGUGGAGAAUAUAGACAUUUUGGAAACUAGUGUACCCGAUGAGAGGGAUGUCGAGAAGAACGAACCUGUUGAUGUAUAUUAUGAGCACUGUCCAGCGUUAAGCGAUCAUACAUACUCUAUGAAAGUUGUGAGAUCGUAUUGAAAGUGACUGCAAGUUAUUGUUCUUUAGAUUAAUACAUUUGUAAAUUAUGUGUUCAGCGGUUGUAUUGUUUUUUAAACAUACAUUUUUUCAGAAA